GAAGGGUGUGCUAGCUGCGUUAGCUCCGUUAGGCGCUCAGUAGGCAGGCAGUGCUGUCUAACACCGAGCAAACCGGUGACCGAGCUAAUGCUUUUAAUAUCGUUUUCAGUUUAUGAGAUAUUUAUUUUAGUAAAAUGAAGGAUACAGGAGUGCAGAAUGUCACUCGAGCUACAGAAUGACGGAAAUAAGCGCGAGAAGGGAAGCUGCACACCGGAAGUGUUGCACAGCGCGUCAGGAUGUUUGAGCAGUGAAACCGCUCGCGCUGUUCCUCCUUCCGAGACAAUGGAAGUGAAGCACUGCAUUAAUCUGACAAUGCUCAGUGAGGAACUGGAGAGAAGAACCAAAGAGACCCAGAAGCUUCAGGAAGAAGUUGAACAAGCCACGAGACUCACUUUGGAAAGAAUGGGUCGUGCAUUUAGCAACACAGAAACAUCAGGAAAUCACAUUUCUACAAACGGAUCUCCACAAUUUGAAGUUUGCAGCCGACAUUCUCGCAUCCGUUCCAUUAACUGUAAUGUGGAUGUGAAUGGAGCGAGUUGUCUGAGUUUCCAAGGCAGAGAUGUUCUCGAACAUGCACUCGAGGACUAUUCACAGCAAGUCUCAGACCUCCAAAAGCAACUGAGAGAGACGUACGAGCUGCACGAACUUCAGAAGUUUAAUUUCACCCAGUCCAUCAUCAAAUUAGAGAACAAACUGCAAGAAAGCCAAACCGAGAAAGAUACCCUGGCAAACUUAAGACUAAAGGAAUCUCAGAAACAUACCAAGCUGAUGGAGCAACUACAGGCAGCUCAGCUGGAGCUGCACUUGCUGAAACAGACAGAAGGCGACAAACUGAUGGAAGCUGAGGACAGAGUGAAUACUUUAAGCAUGAAAGCAGAAAUGAUGGCACAAAUGCUGCAGGACAUCUUCACCAGGCUUUCAGAUUAUGAGAAACGCAGUGGAAAAAGCAGCUUUCUUUGCUAUGAUGGAGCCUUCAGCCAAAGCCAGCUUCAUCUAGGACAUGCAGUGGAGAAAGCACUACAAGACCUGGAGAAUGACAACCGUGGCCUCCAGGAAAAACUGCAAAUGGUGGAGAGAGAGCUGAAAGAGCUGAAGGAACUGGGUCAGGAAAGAACAGAAUCUCUUCUGCAGGAGCAUAAGGAAAGAAUGGAGCAGCUCGUUUCCAGUUAUGAGCAGAAGGUGGCGAUGUUGACUGAGAAACUGAAUCACUCUCAGACUAAUGCAGAUGGUCUGCAACACCAGCUGGACAUAUUACAACAACAGCUCCAAAGCCAGACCUCACUGCACCAAGCAGAGAUGAGUGAUAUGGAGUCUGCUGUCUCCAUACUACGCUCAGACCUGCUGGAGAAACAGCAGACUUACACAGUUAAGGUCAGAGUUCUGGAGGAGGCGCUGGCUCAGGCAGAAUCCCAGGCAGAGCAGGUCCAGCGAGAGAGAGCCCUCUGCCUCCAGCAGGCUGAAGAACUGGACACGCAGCUCUGCCAACUUACAGAGCAGAGCAGCGGGGCAGCCAGGAGGCUACAUUCUCCGCUGGGCGAACAGGAUGCAGAGCUGCCACUCAAGCAGCAAGAAGUUCAACAGGGCCAGGCUCAGCUGGAGGAGGCAUGGGCAAAGGUGCAGGCGCUACAGACCGAGGUGGAACUGUUGAGGCUCAGGCUGGAAGAUGGAAAAAAGAGUGGCGAGUUGUUCAUGAGGCCUCUAGUGGCCCUGCAGCAGGAGAGGAAGAGCCUGACCGUGCAGCUCGAGCAGCUCCGGCUGGACAACCUGCAGUUGAGGGCUGCCCUGCUGGAGGCAGAACUGAGGCUGAGUGCUGUGGAGCAGGAGAAGACCCAGCAGCAGGCAGCCCUGUCCGAGAGAACCUGCAGCCUCCACCAGCUAACUCUGGAGAAACAGCAGAUUACUGCUGAGCUGGAGAGCCAGCGCAAGAAGCUAGAUCAGCUCAAAGAAGAACAGGAGGCUUUAAAAGAAGAACACAACAGUAAAACUGAGGAGCUACACUGGCAGAACAGCAAGCUAAAAGCCCAGCGUAACAACAUCCGAAAUGACUUGGAGCAGGCCAAAAGUGCCCUCAAAACACUGGAGGGUGCUGAUGAACAUGGUCUAAAGGUUGCCUUGGGCAUAAUGAAGCAGAUCACUGCCAAGCGAGAACAGGUUGACUUACUCCAUAGCCGUGUACAGAUGCUGGAGGAGACCACAGAAAAACUCACUCAGGAGAAAAACUACCAGGUGAUGAAGAGCAAACGUCACGCACAGGAGCUGCUUUUUGAGAGGGAGAGAAGGAAGAGGCUUGAAAUUGAGUUGGAGGCUUACCAUGCUAAGGAGAAUCUGCAGAAGAGUGAAAUUGAGCGACUCGACACAGCUCUGCACAAGAUGUCUGACAGUUUUGCAGAGUGCCAAGAACACAUUCAGAAACAGCAGCAAGAGAUCAUGAGGCUGAAACUCCAGCACACUCUGGAGCUGAAGGAGGGCCAGAACUUAGGAUCCACAAGUGCCAGAACUUGUGAGCAGGGACAAGACGUACAAGCUCCACAGAUCAACAAACACAGACCACCCAUCACCAGCCCUACACUUCCAGCACAAGUACCAUUUCAAGAAGCUCACUCUGCGAACCAGGUGGAGUUAAACAUUAGAAGCCAGAACUGCAGCCCCGUUCUGGAGCUGCGGAGCCUGGUUAAAGAACUACGCAGUGUGAUCGAUAUGGAGCAGAGCCCUGACACCAGCUAUACCAGCUCCAGGAGGUUCGGGGAAACACACUGGAGCAGAAAAGAUGAAGUGACCGAGAAUGCUGAACGUGAAAGCUGGAAGACAAGCCCAAGUACCAGUUACAAUAAGCAAGAUCCUGUCCGAGCCCCUAACCUCAGUAAACAGGACACGAACAGUGCUUUCUCAGCUAACAAUGAAGCUGGACUGAAAGCAGGCCUGCCUUGCUACACUUCGUUUUGUGUAGCAGCAUUGGGACGGCGGUCUCCGGUACACUCCCUCCUGACCUCUGACCUUCCUACCAAUAUCCAUAGGAGCCCCAAGACACAAAGCCCUGCCCUUACUGUGCAAACAUAUAUCAUUAAGCAAGCUGAAAUAACAGGGCAGACAUGCAAGAAACAGCAGAGCAAGUUGGAUAGUCUUCAGAACAAAGCAGAUGAUCAUCAAAUAAAGAAUCAAGAAAUGACUUCGAUGAUGAUAAGUCAGCAAAAGACGAGAAGGAGGAUCAAAGACAGAAAGACACUCAAAAAAGAUAAGCUUCUAGACCAGACAGAAUGAAUAUUAAUAAUUAAUAUCUGAAAAAUAAAUGCCUUUUUUACAUACAAAAAUAGAAUGAGUUAUGAUAAAUGACUACAGCGUGCCAUCUGAUGAAAUUAUUUCGACUCAUAAUUUAAAUAAAGGACAUUUCCAACAUUUUUGCAGUUAAAAAUAGUAAUGAGUGUUGUCCAGCAUUUCGUUAUCCUUUACUAGUGUUUCAGGUUAGAGUAGUGCUCAAAUGUACCACAUUCAUGAUAGCUGAGGUGUAUUUAAAGCAUGGCAGUUCCCAAGUGUGUCAGUGUGAAACUGUUGACACGUCUGUCGCACUGGUCCUGUUCUCCUGCUCGUCCUCUGAAAAAACUGCGCUGAGAAACUGCAGAGGAAUAUAAAUUAAUCUCAGCUGUGUUCAGCUAUGGAAUGUAUAACAGUCUAGUUUUCAGGUUUCAUGAGUCAAUACAUUAUUCUUUGUCCUCACCCUGGGAACUCUCAAUCCUUUAUUGAUGAUGAACUGCUUGAAGGCCUGAGCUCCAUGAAUCUGCUUCAGUUCUUCAUCCUGUUUGUUAAAGAAAAAUGAACAGACCUUACGUGACUGAAGGAUGGCUUGACCUACCUGUCUGCUGUCAGUGGCUCCAGCUGAUUACGCUCACCUUCUCAGUGGACUGCAGCUCAAACUCAGAAUCUUCAGUCACCAAAGGGUCUCUCAGUGGCUCAUUUGCAGGACGCUUCUUCCAUGUUUUAGGGUUUAGAUACCAUGCGCCAUAUGUAGUUUUUUUACUGGGAGUAUACACCUGGUGUUGAGAGAAUAAUUGGACAAGAAUAAGGUUUGUGUAUGUUGCAUUCAUUAAUUUUUUUCAUUAAAGAAUUUUAAAAAAUGUAAA